GGUCACGUGGGGCGGCGCAGGGUGGCUGCCGGGAGCUGGCUGGGCCCGAGGCCGUGGGGCCGGCGGCCGACGCGAGGAAUGGGGCUGCCGGCCGCGUAGGGGCCAUGCCGCCCGGGCCCCGGGCCUUCCCCGCUCCGCGCCCCGGCCGCCGCGCCCCGCGUCCGCCCCGGCAUGGUGAACCUAGCGGCCAUGGUGUGGCGCCGGCUCCUCCGGAAGAGGAGGAAAGGGCAGUGAGAGAUCGGAAUCUCCUCCAGGUUCAAGACCACGACCAGCCCAUUCCGUGGAAAGUGCAGUUUCACCUGGGGAACAGCAGUCGGCCUGGCAACCAGUGCCGGAACUCCAUUCAAGGGAAGCACCUCAUCACGGAUGAGCUAGGUUCCCCUCACUGUCAAGAGAAGUUUGGUCUGAUAAUUCUGUCUCCAAAGCUCCUUGUGCCUUCACAGAUGAAAGAGUGGCUUGCAUUGGUUAGGCAUGACUUGGCAUGGGGAUUAAAUCAAACAUGUGUCGGCAGACCAGAAGGCGAUUUUAGGAAGGACUUGCUGGUGAACGGCUGCUGUAACGUCAACGUCCCCGGCACCAAGCAGUACCGCUGUGACGGCUGCUUGCCCCACGGCUGCUGCGGCGCCUACGAGUACUGCGUGUCCUGCUGCCUGCAGCCCAGCAAGCAACUUCUCCUGGAGCGCUUCCUCAACCGGGCAGCCGUGGCGUUCCAGAACCUCUUCAUGGCCGUCGAAGAUCACUUUGAAUUGUGUCUGGCCAAGUGCAGGACCUCAUCCCAGAGCGUGCAGCACGAGAACACCUAUAGGGACCCCAUAGCCAAGUACUGCUAUGGAGAGAGCCCUCCCGAGCUCUUCCCCGCGUGAUGGGCACAGAAGGCAGACCAGGCACCACCGGAGAGCUUGUGGCCUGAAGCCACCCUCCAGCGUUCUCUAGUCCGCUUGGAAGAAGAGAGGCAUCGCGCGGGAGCCUCGGCUUUGACCACUUCUUGUGUUGUAGUCUGUGGCCUCGCUCUCCACUGGGCUUUACCCUGUGAAACUGUUCUGUAAAGCAGCUUGGAAACACCAGCGGGUCACAUUCAAGAACAAACUACCGGCGAGUUUGUGGAGGUGUUGGCGCUCUGGGGCACCUCUCCCGUGGCAGACUCAUCGAACCCUUCCCUGUAAAGUUAUUUAUUGGAUUUCUCUGGAGUAGUGGGAAAAUGGUAAUGUUUUAUAUAGGAAGAUGCCUUGCCUUGAUAGUUGAAUAUAUUCAAGGAAAUUGUUGUUGUUCUUGUUUUCUUGUAUUCUUGAGUUUUAUGAGUUAAGUCAUCCCUUCACCCGGAUAAAACAUUUGGCCUUUCUGAAUGUGCGUGUUCUCUCAAGGUAGUUAUUUGGGUUUUGUUUUGACAGCACCUUCAGGAGUGGGCCCUGGACACUGUAUCCUGACAUCUAAAAUUGUCAACAACUCAGAGCUACUCUUCCCCGUACCGGCUUCCCUGCAGGGGGCACCAGGCGCCCUCAGCUUUUCUCGUAGUGGUAUUUGAAUAUGCUUUCAUACCUGCGUGUGAGCACUGUUUGAACCAGAAAUUCCAACUCACUGUUCUGGAGGAUUUUGUUCUCAUUUCCCAUGCCACUGUUGAUAUGAUUGCAGUCUGCUCAGCCGUGGUACGCUGGGAGCCUCAGGAACGUCACCAGCAGCCUCCUCUCCUCUCCUGUCAUGGAAAACUGGUGUUAAGGGGAUUCCUAAGUGGAGAUACAUCUAGCAACUGGCUGUAAGCAGUCAUCCUUCAUCGUUUCCAGCUUCAGGACAUGUAACAGGUUCAGACCUUCAGUUUCCUUAUGAUCUGCAAAGAAGAAGAAAACCCAAGUUUCUGUCAAGGUUCUGUGAGAGUUACCCAUUCCCUCAGUGGGGCGAGUCCGUGAAGGCUUGGUGUGCUGGUUGCUGGUCCACGUGCUCGAGGUGCUCCCCACUGGCUUUCUAGUAUGACACUGAAUCUCACAGGCUCAGCGUCGAGAGUAUUUGGUCCUCCUGUCAAGACAUCCUGGCCCUCAAAUUGUAUGGCUCUUUGCUCUAGUAAGGGAGACGUGGGCGCACAGCUCUUUCCUGGAGCGAGCCCCUCACUAGCCCCCAGGAUUGGGCAGGGUCUUUUUCAUUUUUUGAUUGUUGAAGCUGUUGACCUUGGAGUGGGGCAGUAGUUUUAUAAUCCACUUUUGACAUGUUUUUCAGAAGGGCUUUUUCUUUGGACCAUGUUUGCCUUCCAGUAUGUUUCUGCAUUAUGUAGCAAUAAUUCCCCUUAACUUUCUCCUAUUACUUCUUCAAUUUCUUUUCCCAAAGUGGUUUGUCCCCCUAAAUAAGCUUUCUCCAAGGGAUAACUGGCAAUUGUUUUUAAUGUCCCCCCCCCCCCCAAAAUCUAUUUAGUUUGCAUUGGACUUUUUGGAUUCUAUGUGCAUUCACGGUGCUAAAUCAAACUUUGUAUGUGAAAGAAAUGUGCAUGUCUGGAUGUUUUACCAUCUCAUUCUUUUUGGUAACUCAGUCUGGUGUAUGUCUGUUUCAUGUGGGUUGUCACUGGUGUCAGCCUCUCCUUGGAGCUCAUUUGAACUUUUGAACGAUGUAACAGAUUUAAUGUGAAAAUGGCUUUAUAUCAAAGACUAAUGCCUGUCUCUUUA